AUGUUCUACUCGCGUGGUUCAUCUCAAGAUUACGAUCGUUAUGCCCAGAUCAGUGGCGACCCUGGUUGGGGAUGGGAGGCACUGCAACCGUACAUUCGAAAGAAUGAACGCUUUGUCCCCCCUAGCGACCACCACAACACCACUGGUCAGUUCAAUCCUGCGGUCCAUGGCUUCGAUGGCAUCAAUUUGGUGUCCCUUCCUGGAGUCCCGCGUGCUACGGAUAGCCGCGUCAUUCAAACUACGUCGGAGCUUCUGGACGAUUAUCCAUUCAAUUUGGAUUACAAUUCCGGAUACCAAUUAGGAAUCGGAUGGAUUCAAUACACAAUUGGAAAUGGGACUCGAAGCAGCUCGCAGACGUCCUAUCUUGGACCCAUGUAUAUCGGACGGCCAAAUUUGCAUAUCCUGACCAAUGCCUACGUCACUCGAAUCCUACAGUCCAAUACCCAAAACACCAAAGGCGAGCCGACAUUUGACGCCGUCGAGUUCACCCAGGACACAGGAGCAACUAUACAUACCCUGGCACCAGCUGGUCUCAAAGAACUCAUUCUCUCUGCCGGAUCCAUGGGCACCCCGCGUAUCCUCCUCCACUCUGGUAUCGGCGACAAAACCGAGCUAAAAGCUAUAGGGAUCACACCGGCGCUCCAUCUUCCUGACGUUGGAAAGAACUUGACAGACCAUACCUUAUGGACUAUCAGCUUCUUCGUAGGCUUCCUUCGCGUUCCUGAAGACGCUGGUAUAUUAGACGGAGAUCCAUGUGCGGGAAAUGAGACUGCUCACUACGAGCUUAUUUUCGUGAAUGGCAUCCUCUUGGACCCUCCUCCUACAGGAAACUUCUUUUCUAUCACAAUCAUGGAUAUAUGCCCUUUGUCGCGCGGGAAUAUCAUAGUUAACAGUACAAACCCUAUGGAUCCGCCACUGAUCAAUCCAAACUAUUUCUCGCAUGCUCAAGAUCUUGCCAUUAUGCAAUUUGCUGCUGAGAGUGCGAAGAAGUUUGUUACUGCUGUGGUAUGGAACAACUACAUACUCAGUGUCACUGCAAAUACUACCGAAGAUGAUAUCCGGAAUGGCGCUAGCAGUGCAUUCCAUCCUGUGGGUACCGCAAGUAUGUCACCCGCCGAUGCCAAUUGGGGCGUAGUAAACCCGGAUUUAAAGUUGAAGGGCGUGAAGGGAGUGAGAAUUGUAGAUGCUUCAAUUUUGCCAUUCGUACCCGCGGCUCAUACUCAGGUUCCGGUAUAUCUAAUCGCAGAGAGGGCCGCCGAUUUAAUCAAAGCAGAUAUAUGAUAUUUGU